GCGUCGCCGGAAGCAGCGACCGGCUGGAUCGAGUUCUGCGAGAGACACGCCCGCGCCUCGGCCUCCGACUUUGCCAAGGCAUUCUGUGCCUACGUUAGUCUGAACCUGCCCGAGAGCGCCCGCGCCAACCUCUCGCACCGCGACUUCCUUCGCAAAUUCGUCGAGAGCUUCUGCGAGCAUUUUGAGAGCGAAUACCUGCGUCAGAGUGUGAGAUCGCUAUCAUUGCAUGAUACUAGGAGUAUAGUAUCCAAUGAAAGAGAUAUAAAUCUUGCAAGUCAAAACACUAAUGCACCAGUUCGAGCAUCCUCUCAUGAGGAAUUUAGUGACUAUUCUGAACACGAAGGAGAGGCGGUGUCGCCGAAGCCCAGUCACAAACCUUUCUUCCGCAGAUUAUCUUUUAAGGGACUUAAAAAAGGCAAGAGUUUCUUCCACAAGCAACAGAGCGAUGAAGUCGAAUUAUCUCACAGUGAACACCGCAAGGAUAAACAUUCUAAAGCUAAGCUGUCGAAAAUUGUAGUGGAAUGUCGUAAGGAAGGAAUCGUUAAUGCCUUGAUGGGAGAAAACAUAGAUGGGACGCAAAAAUGGGAAAAGUCACGGCUAGCUUUGAUAAAGGCCAUCGGUGGUUACAUGUUGGAGUUCUACUCUCCACCGAAGGCUGUGAAACCACGAAGCGGAGUCUUUUGCUCGGCGAUAACAGAAGCGAGGGAAACCACAGCGCUCGAAAUGCCGGACCACGAGAAUACAUUCGUCCUGAAGACUCAAAAUAUGGAAUUUGUCAUCGAGGCACACGACUCGAACGACAUGAAAUCGUGGUUGGCGACAAUUAGGUACUGUAUGCGAACGGUACAGCAAAGCUCGAGCGCUCCAGGUUCCGGGCCUGGUGACUCUUUAGGAGAUUCUCUGGGCCACGGUUCGCUUGCUAUCGGAUCCGACAGUGAUCGAUUACGAGCCAACUCGGCGAGUAAAAGCUUCCGAUCCGCUAGUCAUGAACACGGCGAUGACUCGCAGGGCAAUCCACCAGAAUUACCUCCGAGACUUCACGUGCGCAGCAGUAGUAAUCUAGAAUUAUGUUCCUCUCAGCAAGAAAUCGAGCAAAUGUCUGCUAAUGAGGGUGAGCUGGAUUUAUCGAGUAGCUUACGAGAAUACCCGUGGUUUCAUGGCACUCUUCCUCGUUCGGACGCUGCGCAGCUUGUAUUGCAUAGUGCAGCUAACGGUCACGGUGUUUUCCUGGUUCGGCAAAGCGAGACUAGAAAAGGCGAAUUUGUGUUAACUUUUAAUUUCCAAGGAAGAGCAAAACAUUUACGAAUGACGCUAAAUGAUCAAGGUCAUUGCCGAGUUCAACAUCUGUGUUUUCCUACGAUAUAUGAUAUGCUUGAACACUUUCGCCAGAAUGCGAUACCACUUGAAUCUGGUGGGACUGCGGAUGUUACUUUAACAGAGUACGUAGUGGCGACGAGCCAUGCAUCGCGACCAGGACAUCAUAACGUAGCGAGUAGUUCGAAUGUACAACAGUCGCAAGAGAGGAGACCUCCGGCAACUCUGGAGUCCAGAGAAGUACGCACUUAUGGUGGUUCUAUAAGAACUCGCGUGGAAUCGUUGGAGAGACUAGAGCAACAGAGCACCAUUGUGGAACAACAAGGCUCGGCUUCGUCCACCGGCAGAGCGGGUCAGAAUACUUACAGUUUCCUCUGACGCCGGAUUCACGCUA